AAGACCACAUGGAAAAGACGAAAACAUAAAGGAGCAGAGGGGAACGACAGAUCAGAAGCGCCACAAAAUGGAGAUGCGGACAUUUCGCAAAACAUUCGGCAUGGAUCGAGCUCCAUGUUCGCCCGUGAAAGUGAUGCGGUAUCUCCGCGAUUAGGGGAUAUAAAUCUCGUGUCUAGUGAAAGGACGUUGAACAGUUUGUAUGUAUUGUAUCGUGAUUCGCAAUAUGUAAUCAGUUAUUUUGAAAAUGAUAAGGUUAGUUUAAGGGUGUGUAAUCUUAGCGCGUGCCGUAAAGUAGCGUGGCGAAAUAAUUCUCGGUCCUAUCAAAGUGUACGACGAAGUGUUGGUAGUAAGAUCGGAUCGCGGCAUUAUGAAGUAAUAAAAUUUUCUGAGAAAAACAUAUCUAUAAUAGUAAGAGUAAAAACGAGAUUAAGGACAAAGGGUAAAGUAACAACAUUAAAAGUGGUGACGGCUAUAGCGAUAGUGACGGCGGCGACAGCGGUGGCGCAAGGUGUGAGGACGAGGUGAAUGCACGGCGGCCGCGGUGUGUGCCAGUGGUGUGCGCGCUCGUCGCUCGUGGAAACCCGCCAAAACCCGCGGCCGCGAACAACCACCAGCAAGAGCAGCAGCAAUAGCAAUAACAACAGUAGUAGAAGGAAAAGGAGAAGGAGGAGAAGGAGAAGGAGAAGGAGGAGAAGGUGGAACAGCAUUAACAGUAGUAGUAGUAGUAGUAGUGGUAGCAGCAGCAGCAGCAGCGGGAGCAGAAGACGUUGUGCUGUUUUGACAACUUUCCGCCGCGUCGGGGCGUCGCGCCGUUUUUCUCGCGGCGGCGGCGGCAACGGCAGAAACAACGACAACAGCAACAAGAACGACAAAGGCUUCCCACACGACGACGACGACGGUGGCGGCGACGACGACGGUGGUGGCGGCGGCUGCGUUCUGUUAUUAUUUUGCCGCGGUGCUUUUGACCCUUCGAAUUGGGCGAGUUCAUUGCAGCGCUUUCGCGGGGGUGUCAGCCAGUUUUAUUACUCCGGCCUUCUCCGUCCGCAGCAGCAGCGCCGACGGCGCCAGAACACGAUGUGGUAUAUGCAGUAUGUCUACUAGUGUACGUACUCGAUCGCACCAAUAAUCUGGACUUGUUGAAGUAAUCUAUUCAUAGAGCGAGAAGUCGCCGACAAACUCUGAAUACUGACUCUUUUGGUGUAUAACUUGAACGAGAGUCAAUCGAAAACGAACUAUAUAUCAGUGACGUUGCGACUGAGAAAGGGACGCGACGAACCACGUGAUAUACCUGUCGUCGGGCUGCGUCAUGCAAAGCAUGCUCGAUUCCCCGAUGGCCAUAACCUGAAUUGAGCCGAUUUGACCCGAUUAAACCCGAUUCAACGUAUUCGUAACUAAACGAACGAAUGAAAGAAAACAAACGGUAGCCAUUAACUUUUUUCCUCUUUGCUCGUGUACGCUUUAUUCUGUGGUGUUCUCUAUGCUUCUUGAUAAAGAAAGCGCUAACGCUUUUACACGGCAAAGACGUGAAUCGUUCGUUCGUCAGUUUACAAGUUAUAAUUGUGCCUCGACGGUGUGUAUUCGUCUGAUGAAAAGAAAGUAAAAUUUAAACAGGAAGAGGGUCACCCUGAUUACACUUACUAACAGGUGACUAGAUGAACAAUGGACGGAUUUUCAUGUUGAUAUACGCAUGGCUAUAUCUUCUCGUUCUUUCUGUAUUUUCCUAUAAACGGUGAAAUAAUCGUGCUGUGCCGCGUACUCUGCACAUAGUGUCAUUGGUAUAGUGUCAACCAUUACAUGUAGUUAUCUGAAGGUGGUAGCGUGGGAGUCCGACAUUUUAACCGCUCGUAUUAACGAAAAGAUACAAGUGUCCACGUGUAAAAUACGGUCGGUACAUCAGGGGCGUGAGAAUCGUAACGUCGAGUUUACAUUUAAAGACGAUUCUUUAGUGUCUUCUACGAUUGAAAUUUUAUCAUGCAUGGGAUUAAUAUUUAAUUCCAUGAUCACAAUCUGUUUAUUUUUUCAUUAUCAUAGUCACACUGUUGAUUACCAAAGGAAAAGGUGUCAUCCACGUUUUGUACUGUGAUCGAAGAACGGAAUUUAUGUGACUUCAAGAGAAGGAAGUGAAGAUUUUUACAAAACAGUACAUCCGCUAACAGUUUAACGGUAUUGUUGAGACAUUCGUGCUUUUUUUUUUGUACUUUAUUGUGAAGUGAAGUUUGACAGUAUUCGGUGAAGCGGAUGAUAAUGAAAAAUACCUGACAUCAGUACUGAGGAUCAUGGAAGUUGAUAGUGAAAUUGAAUGAGAGACUCAUCUCAGUACUUAUAACAAUAGAAACAGAAAGAGGAAGGUGGUAACUGAACGUAUCGUCGCCGGAAGUUGGUGGCAAGAAAUAAUUUAAAAGUACGGGAAGAAGUUUACGAACAAGGGAAAUCGAAGGGGAGGGAGGUGAAGAAAAUCGGUUGCACGCACUCGUGGAUCACGUAAUAAGAAGGGAGAGAGAGAGAGAGUGAAAAAGAAAAAAAACUCAGCGCGCGUUGAAGCUUGUAAAUAAGAGUUAUUUUUCGUAUGAGGGAAAAGAAGACUCAUCUACGUCGAAACGAGGAGAUACGAGUAAGAAGACGUUUAGAAGUCCUUGAACGUAAGAAAGUUCCAAGGACUUUCUCUCUCUCCCUCUCUCUCUCUCUCUUAGAAGGAUACACAAGAAACGGAUCGAACACUAGUCACAAAGAGGAGGAAAGAAAAGCUCGAAGAAGGAAAAGGGAUAUAGUGGUCAUAAUAAUCGAGCCUUGUUUUUUUUUCAUGUUCUUCAUUCAAAAUUGAUCCUGUUGUGGAGAGUGACUGGCUUAAAUUUAACGAAAAAAAAAAAAGAAAAAAGACUGAGACAUUUUUGCGAUAGAGAGAGAGAGAGAGAAAGAUAAAGACAAACGAGAGCAACAUAAGAAGAAAAGAGAGAGGGGGAGAGAGAGAGAGAGCUGACGAAAGAAGCUGAAAAACGAGGGUGUAGUGAUUGAGAGAAGAAAGGAAAAAGAAAGGGACCCUGAAAAAAAAAAAA